UUUGUUUUUGGUUCAUAUCUGAGGUGAGAGACGACGACUGCGCAGACGCCACGACAGGACGACAACAAAAUGAACGAAAGCAACGAAAACAAGACUUUUGUCAAGAAUUAUAUUCUUCGUCAGCGGCUGAAGAAGAAGAGAGAAAUGGAGACUUCGAUCUCAUUGGAGGAGCGGAAGCGCGAGGAAGAGAUGAAGCGCGUGAAGAUGAAGAUGUCUUUGGCGGAGGUGCGGCUCGAGCUCCAGAAACUCGAGACUAAACUCUCGGAACUCAAGACUCAAAAACAUCUCCUCUUCUCUCAACUCAAGAAAGUUCUCAACGAAGACGUCAUUCGGCGCCGCAAUCGAGACCUCCAGUGGUCGGCCGACGCUCUCUACGCGGCCGCAGAGCUCCCGCCGCCCGCACCCCCUCUCGGCCUCCCGUUUGCGCCGCCCUUCGCGCCGAACGCCUUCUUUCGCGCGCAGACCUCUCAACCGCAAUAUAAGCCGACGUUUGCGGCGACGAAAGCGCCGCCUGUCGUACGGAAGCGAUCGCACGAACAGACGACGACACCUCCGACGACGACUGGACGACAGCCGCACGACGAGCGCGACUACAAGAGCGUCACAUAUACGCCGCAAAUGGGCAAAAUGGAGUUCGCGACCAAUCAGAGCGCGUACUACGGAAUGAUGUCAUCAGGAAAUCGCAAAUAUUUUUAAAUAAAACCUUUAAUUACAAGAAUUUACAAUAAAAUUAAGUGGACUUCGAGUCCGCGAGACCGUAGAGGCGGUCGAUGUCCAUCUGAUAGAA